CCCGGCCGCCCGUUAACCCUUGGGGGCCCGGAGCUCCGGCGGUCGGGGGGGGGGGGCUGGUGGCGUCCCGGGGGGGUGCGGGUGCCGCAAAACAACAUCAGCGCCCCCCCGGGACCCCCUCAGCCCCAGCGGCGGAGGGAAAGAGGCGCCGGGACCUCCCUGCGCGGUCGGAUCCCGAUCCGGGACCCCCCGGUGCUGGGCAUCCCCCAGGGCCGGGACCCCCGCGGGGGUCUCCGCUUCGUGGUCGGGGUCUUCUGAGGGGGCUCGGGGGGUCAGAGCGGUGGGUGUUGGGUGCGGGGGGGGGGCACCCAGCACCCCUGGGCGCCAUGGACACCCGCAGCCCGGAGCUGAAGGGGUUACGGUGUCGGGGCGCGGGUGUCCCUCGGGGUGUCCCCGGUGCCGAGCAGAGCGGGCAGGAUGGUCCCGGGGAGCGCAGGGGCUGAGCCCCCCCCCGGCUGGUACCUCCGGGACGAGCGCACCGGGACGCUCUACAAGCGGGGACGGCUCCUGGGAGAGGGCACCUUCGGCCGCUGCUACCAGGUGACAGAGGUGACCAGCGGCCGGCCGUACGCGGCGAAGGUCAUCCCGCGAGCCCGGCUGGCUGCCGCGGCCAUCGGGGACAGGGUGGAGCGGGAGCUGGAGCUGCAGCGUCGCCUGCGCCACCGGCACAUCGUGCGCCUGCACGGGCACUUCACCGACCGCGGCCACCUCUACCUGCUGCUGGAGCUCUGCAGCCGGGGGUCCCUGGCGGACAUCCUGCGGGCGCGGGGCCGCCUGACGGAGCCGGAGGUGCGCUACUACCUGCGGCAGCUGCUCUCGGGGCUGCGCUACCUGCACGGCCACGGCCUCGUGCACCGGGACCUCAAACCGAGUAACUUCUUGGUGACGGAGCGGAUGCGGGUGAAGAUCGGGGACCUGGGGCUGGCUCGGGGGGCGGCUCCGCCCGGGCGGCGCUGGGGGGCACUCUGUGGGACACCCUGUUACCUGGCCCCCGAGGUGCUGGAGCGCAGGGGACACGCGGAGCCCGCGGAUAUCUGGGCACUGGGCUGCGCCGUGUACACGGCGCUGACCGGCCACGCCCCGUUCGAGGCUCGCCACCGGCCGGAGCUGUACCGGCGCAUCCGCAGCGCCCGGUUCCCGCUGCCCCCGCGGCUCUCCCCCGGGGCCCGCGCCCUCCUGGCCCGCAUGCUGCACCCCGAGCCCGCGGCACGGCCCGGCCCGGCCCGGCUGCUGCGCCACCCCUUCCUCACCCAGGGUUUCACGCCCCGCACGCUGCCACCCCGCGCCUGCCACUCGGUGCCCGUCUUCGUGGGACAGGAGCCCCUGCGCUGGAUCCUGCGCGGGCUGCGCUGCUGUGGCUGUGUCCCUGUCACCCCUGCGGGUGGCAGGGCCCCUCCCCAAAGGAUCCGAGCCCGAACAUCCGCGGAGGAAAACCUUUAUUAGUGUUGGGAACCGUCUAAAAUCCAGUCAUGGAAACAAGCGGGGGCGGGACGUGACCGGUACGAACGGCGCGCACACACACACACCAGACUGCCCUGCAAACUGUUAACAGGAAAAAACAACCCCGAUUCCAAACCCCAAAAUAAAAAGGAGCUCUCUUC